UGAAGUGUGAGAAGGCAAGUGUGUGUGAAGCCAAAGAGAGCAGAGUGAGCUUAAGACCUAUAGAGAGAGAAAGAGAGAGAGCUCACAGUGGGUGAGACAGUGAAAAUAUAGAAUAUAGAGCAAAAUGCAGAGCAGGUAAGACAAUAUAAGACGAGAGAGAGAGAGAGAGGGAGAGAGAGAGAGAAGCUACAGCAUCACACUUGAUGUUCCCGUCUGCUGCGAGACUGCUGCUUACCCAUGAUCACUCACUGCUGUGUGUGUCACCAUAAAAAGACAGCUAGAGAGGACCUACUGAGCUGAGAUGUUUUUCUUCAAAUGUGUUCUGCUGGAGAAAGAAAGUCACAUCUGGGAUGGCAUAAGGGUGAGCAGGAGCUCUGGGCAUGGCCAUCUGUGACAUGUGGUGUGUGUGAUGCUGAUCAGCAGUAGAAAGUGUCUUUCUCCUGGCCCCUCAUUCUCCCCAGCUGCCCAUGUAACCUAGUGUGGCCCGGCAGUCCCGGGGGAUUGCCCCAUGAAUCCAAGCCCAGACCGCAGCAAAGAGUGUCUCCCCCCCAAGAAAAGGGAGUCCCGAAAGGGCUCUUCAGAACAGCAGGCCCUAGAUGAUAACUUCAAAUCCCCUGCCCCUCUCCGAAGCCGAAGGCACAACCAGUUCACAGAGGGUCACAGAAAGAGUGGUGAUCUACUCCCACCCAUGCUGCCACCCCUUUCUCUGUCACUGCCUUGGCAGGCAUCCUAUGCCCCUUCCAUGCAUCACUCGUACCUGCCAGUUCAGGUGGAUGAGAGGAAAGGAUCAGCCCCUGCACCCUGGAGAGAGACAGUAUGUGGACGGGGUAUACACAGGGGACUGGAGCACCCGAUUUCCCACCACUCCCGAUGGCUGCGUGGCGACAUCCCCCCCAUGAGUCUGCAGCCACUGAUAUCCAUGCCGACAUUCAAGAGUGUCUAUAAGGGCGAGUCCAGAGAAAUGUGGCCUUAUGGCCCCAGUCAACAAGAUUGCAGAUCGACUAUCUUCACUUCACAUCUCUUUCCACAGCCUACUGUCUAUCCUCAUGAAUCCAUCCCGGACAGCCGCCUCAGCUACCAAGGCAGACGGCCUAAUGGUUUUGAUGGCCUAGACAGCAGGUCUGGCUCUAGUAGAAGAGUGCCAACAUGCAAUGACUAUAGGAACGACACCAUGACCAGCUUGGAUGGUUCUCAUGCCAAUGGCAGGAGAAGACAGGAGGAUACAGUCAGACAGAACACUUGGGGGGGCCUUCAGCCACGAGAAAGCACAAGUGCACAUUCCUCACCACAGGACAGGGACACAAUUCACCCCUCAUCAGACGCAAAGACUGGAAAGGCUUCUCAGGAACAUUUCGGUGGAAGUGCCUCCCAGGCAGGAGCUCAGAUCUACUAUGCCCUAGGGUCCCUCUACCCUACUGCUCACCAGAACCCUAAGUCUUUCCCAAAACUUCAUCAUUCAGACCCUCCUUCUUGCAACUUGAGGAACUCUCAGCACUCCCCCCACAGCCACCUCAACAGCCAUGGAGUUGAGAUAGAAUGGGAUCCCUCUCCAGGGUCCUACCGCCCUACGGUCGCUGUACUCACUGUCCCUGACCAGCCCCCUUCUGCAGUCCUACCUCAUUUUGCCAAAGGUUCCCUGAUCGAGUUGGCUGGUGGCCGUCUGAAGAGGGUGGAGGAGCUGAAGACGGAGGAUUUCUUGCACAGUGCUGACACUUUGCCUGAGUUUCAUUUGAGCACCUGCACUAUUCUGGUAAUCUCACCUGGACCCACCCACGGCUUCAACCACCUGCAGGUCCUGCUCAGAGACCGCAACACUCAGGAGCAACUCACAGUCUUAGCAGAAUAUCCAUUUUUCGUACGGGAUCGCGGCUGGUCUUCAUGCAGUCCUCAGCGGAGCGCCCAGAUAUAUGGCCUGCAGUGCCAACAGCUCAGCACAGGUGAUGUGUGUCUGGCAUUGACUCCCACACUGACUUUACUCCACUCAACAGCAACCCUUGCACACUCUAGCAGCCAGUCGCAGCACUCACUUGCCCGCUCAGGAGCAGGGAUAGAAUCUUGCACAGACACAGCAGAGAGGAUGCCCUUUCCCCCUGCUCCUACUCCUCUCCCUGCAGCCCAGCCAUCUCCUUCUGAGUGCCCUCAAAAACGCAAGAGACACUGGUCCGCACCUGAGCUCCAGUCAGGAAAUGAGACUAGCUCCUGUUUACCUCAAGGUUAUAAGCACGAGAGAUGGCAGUAACAUUCUUAAUUAACUUAAAUCGGCAUGAGAAGACUAGGAUUGGGGAAGUCACCUAGGAAAGCUUAGUAAUUGAUUACUGGUAACCUCAUGGAAUAUCCAGUCAAUUGUUUCACAUCUGUGCUCUACUGUUUCAUGCGAGAUCAGAUGGGAAAGUGACACAUGCUAGGAAAGCCCAAAAUGCAAAGUGAGACAAUCAAAAAUUAUGUAUCUGUAAUACCAUGCACCUUUAGUUAUGCUAAUCUCAAGCCUUUUUCUGCAGGGUAUGUCUUUUCUAUCAGUAUUAUAACAACCAAAUAAUAUUGGAUGAAAAAGAAGA